CCCGCCCGCCAAGUUGUCCGAGGGGCCGCGGAAGAAGCAGGCGAAGUUGGCGUCGCGGGGGCCGCGCUGCUGGCGGGUUGGGCGCCGGCCAUGGCGUUCCGCAGGCGGGCCAAAAGCCACCCGCUCUUCAGCCAGGAGUUCCUCAUCCACAACCACGCCGACGUGGGCUUCUGCCUGGUGCUCUGCGUCCUCGUCGCGCUCAUGUUCGAGGUCACAGCCAAGACUGCCUUCUUGUUCAUCUUACCUCAGUAUAACGUCAGUGUGCCUACAGCAGAUGGUGAAAUUGUUCUUUAUCACUACGGGCUGAAGGAUUUGGUCACAAUCCUCUUCUACAUCUUCAUAGCAAUAAUUCUGCAUGCUGUGGUGCAGGAGUAUGCUUUGGACAAAAUCAACCGGAGGCUCCACCUUUCCAAGAUCAAGCACAGCAAGUUCAAUGAGUCUGGGCAGCUGGUAGCGUUUCAUAUUGCCUCCAUGGCCUGGUGCCUAUAUGUACUGGCAACGGAAGGAUACUUAUCAAACCCCAAGAGUCUGUGGGAGAACUACCCUCAUGUUCAUCUCCCGUUCCAGGUCAAGUUUUUCUACCUUUGCCAGCUGUCCUACUGGCUGCAUGCACUGCCUGAACUAUAUUUCCAAAAGGUGCGGAAGGAAGAGAUUCCUCGUCAGCUGCAAUAUAUCAGCCUCUAUCUAGUGCAUAUAGCUGGAGCAUACCUCUUAAACCUCACACGCCUGGGACUCAUCCUGUUGCUGCUGCAGUACGUAGCUGAAUUCCUUUUCCAUAUGGCUCGCCUGUUCUACUUCACAGAUGAAAACAACGAGAAGCUGUUUAAUGCUUGGGCAGUGGUGUUUGUCGUUUCCCGGCUCUUCACCCUCACCCUAUCCGUGCUGGUCAUUGGCUUUGGGCUGGCUCGAGUGGAGAACCAGGCGUUUGACCCCGAGAAAGGAAACUUCAACACUUUACUUUUCAGGAUGUGCGUCCUGCUUCUGGUGUGCUUCUCACAGGCCUGGAUGAUGUGGCGCUUCAUCCACUUUCAGCUGCGGCGCUGGCGGGAGUACUGGAAUGAGCAGAGCGCUAGGAAAAAAGCCGCUGCGGCUGCGGCCGCCACCCAUGGCAAGCAGCAGCUGAAGACCAUAAAAAGGGAGUCAGGCUACCAUGAAAACGGAGUGGUGAAAGCAGAAAAUGGUACGUCGCCGCGGACCAAGAAAAUCAAGUCUCCCUAGAGCCAAAGCACAGUCUUCAAGGAAUCUUGGAGGAGGAAAUGGAAAAUGCGAGACUAAGGACUCUGGGAAUAAGAAGCAGCUUGUGUCUUCACCAAGCCCGGUUUCAAACGGCUUGACUCAACGUACCACCGAAAAGCUCUUUCCCCCCCUCUCUCUGCCUCCAGACAGUUUGCAGUAACCAAAAAGCCCCUCUCCAUCCGCAGCGGGGCUUCAGAACACCAAACCCCUUCCUCAGCCAGUGUAUUUUCUUUUUGCUCAUUUUAAUCUGUCCUCCAAUGUAUUCUUGCUGCUUUUCCUGCACCCAUAGAUGUUUUUGUAAACGAUUAUUCCUUGGAAUCCCAUUCCCUUAGUAUCACCCACCUCACUCUCGCCGGAGCUCGUGGUUUGGAGAGGUGGCGUCUGUAGGACAUGAUUUGCUUCGUUGCCGGGACAAUAGAACAUUUGGCUAGUAUGUGGAGGUUUGUCCCCUUCAGACAAUGCACUCUUGCACAGCGAGUUUGUGGGAAAUGGCAUUGGAGGGGGAAAUGGAGCAAACCUCUAAGGUCCCUUCUCUGCCUGCAUUUCCUAAUUCUGUUACAUAUCUAGUAAUCUUAGCAGAGCGUUUAGAAUGUGCCAGGCCUUCACAACAAGAUGGCGAAGUGCACAAACAUAAUUUAGUAUGUAUGUAACUUUUGGGUUGUGCUAUGACUAUUCGCAGAGACUGAAAUUUUAGCCAGCUGCAUUCUGGAGAAGGGGACAGAUGCACGCAGUUUCUCUCCAAUACUGCUUCCUCUUAGCCGAAAAUAGAAUUUACUGCAUUCUCCUGAAACACCAACAAAUAGACCUGCUGGCCUGGCAGCUUGGUAUGUGUCAGACAUGCUUUGCAUCUCCCCAGGCCUUGAGAAUCAUCCUCAGCCGACUGUGCCUUAGUCCAGGGAGAAGAUUCACUGCUCACUGAAAUAGCAGAUCAGGGCAGACGUCUGUGGGUGGUCUGUGACCUCCUUACUUAACAAGCGGACAGUUUCCUCAUGCCUUUGUUUCCUCUGCAGCAAGUUUCCUUCAUGAAGUGUUGGUGUAAUCUUUAUUACUGGGUCUGUCAUGUUCAAGUGGUCCAUCCAUACCAACAUAGGACAGCAAUAUUAUUGCCUGUACAGCAUAUUCAGUGCAAGUUUGCUCCGAAGUAAGCCUCUUGUUCUUCCCUAGCGAGUGUCUUUAGGAUGGCAACCGUAGCCUUCUGUUUUUCAGGCGUCCCCACCCCCCUACUUUUUCACAAGUUUUGUCCAAGGGGAUCUGAACCCAUUUCCACUCUGGCUGCUCUUUGCAGCUCCUGAGAAUGGUGUUCUUCUAAGGCUACAUAGGUUUCUUCCACACAGAAUGCUGUACAGUUCCUAACCUUUAAUACGUGGGUGUAUUAUGAAUGCGGUGAGAGGAAAUCUCUCUCAUGGGUGAAACUGCUUUCCAUCUACUGUCACCUAUUCUCAAAGCUGGUGGGGGCACUCAGUGUACAGUCUACCUCGGGGGCCACCCUUCUCUAACUGCUACAUUUCCUCUUUUUGUUGAAGUGGAACUAACAGUGAGAAGCAUAUUCUGGGAGAGGGAAUAGGUCCUUCACCCAAGAAGAACUGACAGCUUCUUUGUACUGCUACCCUUUUUGGUUUUCAGGGAACGGUACCCGCUGUCCUCCUUAGUGCAGUUGUGUCUGCCUCAGUCGCCAGGGUUUUGGGACUUGCCUUUGCCCCCAGUGCAACUGGAUCACCUUGCACGUGUUUUAAGAACAUAAGAGCAUCUUAUGCCCUAUAGCCCUGUGGUCCAUUGAGUCCAGCAUUCUCAGCCAGGUGCCCCUGGGAAGCCUGCAAGCAGGACUGGAGCCCAGCUGCCGUUUCCAGCAAGUGCUACGUAGAAACCUCGUGCCUCAGACACUGGGGGCUUGAAGCGUCCAUUCUCCUGUGCCAUAAAUGGUGGUGGAUGUUCCCCUGUGCCAUUCUCUGCUGCAUUCUUGAUCCCAACAGCAUUUCCUCCCGAUUUAUGCAUGCUAAGGAGGCUUCUGCAAAGGGUUGACACCGGCUAGGGAGUGGCAGCUUGUUCAGCAGCCCUUCACAGCGAGCGAGUGACCGGGUGGUUCUUCGCCGCGUUCAAGCCACCAGAUGCCUGGUUUAUUAUUUUAAAUAUUUCCCGCCCCC